AUGACUACCAGCUCUCAGAUAUUUCAGAGUGAAUCGGGUGCCUGUCCAUUGAGAAAUGUUGCUUUUAUGACGAAGAACACAAGUUUCAUAUGUGUAGCUCUUCUGAGCUACCCAGGAUCGGGAAACACUUGGGCAAGACAUAUGAUUCAACAACUCACAGGUUAUUGUACUGGAACCGUUUACUGUGAUAAAUUCCUGAGUACCAAUGGAUUUCCGGGAGAAUGUAUCUUUCCUAAUCAUAAGUCGAAAGGCUGUAUAGUGUAUAAAAGUCAUUUGACGGAGAAUUUGGCCCAGUUUCAUAAGGCUGUGAUUCUUAUCAGAAAUCCAUUUGAUGCUUUGAAGGCGUUUUUCAACUGGAGUUUAGGGAAAACUCCCAAAAUAUUAGUGAAUGGUACAACCGUCGAUGCAUCAAAAAAGCCUAACAAAGCGCGGGAUCGAUUCCACGCCAUAGUUGACCCCUCUAGUUUCAACACAACUGGUUGGGAUAAGUACGUCAAAGAACAAAUCAUUGAGUGGAAAGUAUCCUACCUAGCCUGGUUCAAGACAUUCGCUAACAGUUCCCUGGUGGUGCGCUAUGUGGAUUUGAAAGAAAACCUCAUCCCUACCCUGAAACGGAUUAGUAUUUUUUUAAAUGUUCAAACGACAGAAGCGGAAUAUAUGUGUACCGAUUUCAAUAAGGAGGGACGACAUCACCGGAAACAGAAAUAUUCCCUAAAGACAAGCGACAUCUUCACAGAUGAGCAUAUCAGCAUAAUAAAUGAUGCCAUUGCGGAAGUUAUGAUUGCAGCGAAGAAUAGAUAUGGAUUAAAAGAUUUUAUUUUUGCUUAUCCUUAA